AUGGCAGCACCCGCGGCACAGUACAAGGACAGGCAGUUCCUCGCUGUGAUAGGCGAUGAGGACACUUGCACGGGCAUGCUGCUUGCAGGCGUAGGCCAUGUCACUCAGCCACCGGACAGCCAGAAGAACUUCCUCGUUGUAGACGCAAAGACCGAGACCGCGACCAUCGAAGCUGCAUUCGACCGCUUCACCAGCGAGCGCAAGGAUAUCGCGAUCCUGCUCAUCAACCAGCACAUCGCCGAGAAGAUACGACACCGAGUCGAGACAUACACCGCUGCCUUUCCCUCCCUCCUCGAGAUCCCAUCGAAAGACCACCCAUACGACCCCGAGAAGGACAGUGUGUUGAAGAGGGUGAGGAGGUUAUUCGGAGAGUAG